AUGCUGAUGGAAGCCCAAACACAAGAGACAUUGAAGCAUGUCCCAACGAGUCCAACAACAGUAGCAACAACACAUUCGGACCAGACCACAGACCCGACUGUCGAAGAGAAAACAGCUCCCUCUGACAAUAAAACUGCCUCUGUCAUGUCAGGGACACCCUCGGCAACAGGGAGACCUCAGAGAAACUUGCCAGGGACCAAGGACGAGGGUCUGUAUCAAUGGCCACAGCGACCACUCGAGUCGAUCGAGUCUGCAUUUGCUCUGCGAGAAUAUCUGCAAUCCCUCAUCCCUUCUGCUUUGUUGAACAACGUCAAGUUCUUCCCCAGCCGGUACGUCUUUGAGUCGGGUAUCAUGGACACCCUCGAGCCAUGGAAGAAGAAAUCAUAA